UUUUUUUUUAACUAAAAAAAGGGGCGUCUAAGACUUUGUGUUGCUCUCUGCAACAUUAUGACCCUUUGUACUAGUGCACCUGUGUGUGUGUGUGUGUGUGUGUGUGUGUGUCUGAAAGUCACUGAAGCUGAACACGAAGCGACGCUUGAUGUUCGGGGACGAAUAGGCCUCAGGGGAGUAUGUUUAACCGCACAGAUAUUUUUGUGAAGUAUACAGAACGUCUCCACUAGGUGGCGGUAAUGUGCACAGAGCGGGCUUUCCAUAACCAGUAGAAGAAGAAGGAAAACGACCACAAACACAAAUAAGCCGCGGCUGGACAAUGCGCGCGAGCAAUAAUCAAUCUUUAACGUAAUGACAUACUACAUGAAGCGUUUAAAUUCACGUCCGCAUUUUUGCAGAGUCUAAACUUAAUAUUUAUCUUGUAUUUUCUGCAGAUGAUGAUGAAGAUGAUGGAGGAGGGUGUGAUCAGAGAUGUGUUCAAAAGCUACAACAGAUAUCCUGUUCCUGUGUCUGCCUUCAUCACUACUGAAAAAGGCAUCGGGUCUGACACCAAGAACCAGAAUCUCACUAUAAGCACUGAGUGGAGUCAGUGUGAUGUUGACCGAGGCGUUAGAUUGCGCUUUAGUCAGCACUGGAAUCUUCAAUGUAAUGAAUAUACUCUGGAAAAGUUUGUGUGUCUGGGACCCUCUAUACACACACAUGGAGAGCUGCUUAGUAGCCGUUCCCCCUUUGGAUUACGCAGAGCGGUCAUCCGAGAUGGUGUGGGGCAUCAGUACCUUGAGGUAUGGGGCUGCGGUGGACUGGAGAAAAGCUUAGACCUUACAGCCCUGAACAAACACGGAAAAGUCUAUGAAGAUGGUACGGAGGCCUUCUUUUGCACAACUCUUCCCCUGUUUUAUUGUUUUGCUGGAGUUAUUAAUUUGGGCUGUUGGUUUUAUGGUGUCAUUUAUUUGUAUGUAUUUGUGUAUUUAGCACACUUUGCAUGUCUAGUUUGGUCACCAUGUGAGGGAAGGUUACUUUACAUAGCAGAGAAGAGGAGGGAGGGGUCAUCAGCCAAUGACAGUGGGAGUUUGAGUGUGCUUGAAGAAGAGGAUAAGAAUGCGUAUGUGGAAGAUUGGGGCGAGGGUCUGGUUGGUAAAAGUGCCCCAGUGUUGUGUGUAGCAAAUCUAACUAAAGGAGAAGUGAACAUAUGUCCUGGAGUCCCACGUCAUGUGUCACCUGGACAGGCCUUGUGGACAGGCGACGGCAAGGCCGUGAUCUUCGUGGGCUGGUGGCAUGAACCCUUCCGACUGGGCCUGAAGUUCUGUUCCAAUCGGAGGUCAGCUGUCUUCUCUAUUGACUUGAAAGGAAAUUCUGAGCUCCUGUCAUGUGAUUCCGGCUCGGUGAUGAGUCCUCGACUGAGUCCAGACUCUCUUUGGCUGGUCUAUCUGCAGGGACAAGUGUUCGGCCCACAUCAACAAUGUCUCCGCAUGAUGCUGUAUGACAUGAAGAACAGAACUACCUCAGUGUUGGUGGAUGUAGUGAGAAGAGCAGAGAAAGGUCAGUUUACGGGUGUGUAUGAACCUCUUGCUCUUCACUGCUGGUCGUCAGACAGUGAGAGAAUCUUCUUCAGCAGUGCCUGUGAAAACAACAAGAUGCUGUACUCUGUGGAGAGACGAACCGGAACAGUAACACCUGUGCAGGACACUGCGUGGAACGAGUUUGGGAGUGUCAAGCUGUUAGCAGUAAUCAAAGACCUGAUGGUGAUGUCCUGCUCUGCUCCUAAUCACCCACCUAGCCUGAAGGUAGGGUUUGUACCUGAUGGAAAGCAUGUACAGAGUGUACAGUGGUCUCACCUGGGUGGAGCCAAUACAUACGAGAACUUUGAUUGGGAGUCGAUGAUAAUCACUCCCACACCAGAAGAGGAAAACCAUCAGUUCUCUGGCAUAAGUUUUGGCGCCAUGCUGUUGAAACCAGCAAGGUCUUUCAAAGCUGUGAAGUUUCCUCUGGUUGUCUUCAUACAUGGCGGGCCUCAUUCUCAUUUUGCUGCUGAAUGGAACGUCACUGCUGCAGCUUUGACUAAACUGGGUUUCGCUGUGCUCAUGGUUAACUAUAGAGGUUCCACUGGUUUUGGUCAAGACGCUAUCGAUUCUCUCCUUGGAAACAUCGGUGGUCAGGAUGUCAAAGACGUGCAGAGGGCUGUGCUGCAUGUCCUGCAGAGUAACAAGACCCUUGAUCCUGAUAGGGUGGCUGUGAUGGGUGGGUCUCAUGGUGGAUUCCUGGCGUGUCAUCUGAUUGGUCAGUAUCCAGAGUUCUACAGAGCAUGUGCAGCACGGAACCCCGUCAUCAACGCGGCCACACUGCUCGGGACCAGUGACAUCAUUGACUGGAGAUAUUCCUCUGUAGGUCUGGAAUACAGCUUUGACCAGCUGCCCACUUCACAAGCCCUGACAACCAUGCUGGACAAAUCACCUAUAGUGCAUGCAGCGCAGAUCCGCACCCCAGUCUUGCUUAUGUUAGGUGGGAAGGAUAAGAGAGUGUCGCCUUAUCAAGGUCUGGAGCUUUACAAAGCCCUCAAGAGUAGGAACUCACCUGUCAGGCUGUUAUGGUAUGACAGUGAGGGCCAUUCCCUGUCUAAAGUGGAAACUCAGUCAGACUGUUUCCUCAAUGUUGCACUAUGGUUCAAACAGCAUUUAAACAUGAACUGAACUUCCACUUGAUUAAAUUAAGACAUCAACAUCAUUGAAGCUGCCAAGUUAAGACUUUGGAAUUCACUGGUAAAACAAAAUGCUAUUGUGAGCUACUUGCAUAACUUGCGAGCUCCAUUUCCACUGUGCAGAUUAAUCUGACGACUCCCAAAUAACAGAUUUAUGAUUCAAGAUACAAAGCUUUAUUUGUCACAUGCUCACUCGUAGCUGGUACAAAGGUGCAGUGAAAUCAGAUGCAGCAACUCUGAAGGCUGGACGUAAUGAAACAAUAAAUGGACUAUGCAGACUAUAAACAGUAGAUAUAACGUACACAUUCAGUAAGCGUUCAAAGCCACAUUCAUCUCAAGCCACAUUCUACAUACUAAACAGGACUAAGUAACCAUGACGCCAUUGGUGUACUAACAUACUAUUUUAGUAGAGUAGAAUGUGGUUUGAGAAGUACUCAGGACAAGGAAGAUAUCAGUCCCUCCAGGAUUCCAUGAUUUUGCGAUCGCAGAAAUGAACGCAAAGUCAAGCAAACUCUGCAAUAUGCACAGGAGCUUGCAAUUUUUCAAAAUUACCGCAGAUUUGUGCGAAGGAGCGUCAUGUAAUGUCAUCGCAACACUCAUUCAGCCAAAGCCCUCUUCAAUUCACAUGCGUCAGCUAGAAGGUCUCAUUUACCAAUAAACAUCACUGUAAAAGACUGUGCAAAACAAUUUUGUGUGAUUUUGAAAAAGGCCACAGCAAAAUCAAGCAUUUUUGGCCUUAACAAUCGCAAAAAAAAAAAAAAAACGCAAAAAACUCCUGUACGAAAUCCUGUAGGGACUGAAAUAUAAUUAUUUCCUCUUAUUGAAUGAAAUGCAUAAAGACCAAGCAUGCACGUGAAUAACACUGGCUUAAACAGCAGAAAAUAAAAAGAUACAGGUACAUAGAUAAAAUGCACACGCUAGAAGCGUGCGAAAGCCUUGAUCACAUUACACUCACCCAUUCAAUAUAACUGAGUUUGAACUACAGAAAAGAACCAAAAUUCCAGUUAGCCACUAAUUGUCUAAAUGUUAGUGCAGUAGAUGAAACAGAACAACUGAAUAAAUGGACACAAAUCUGUCAACAUUACACUCACCAAGAGUGAACAGAAGUAUCAGUUGACGUGUUUAAUAGAAUUUAACUGAACUUCAGAUAAAUUCAUAAACUGAAUUGAGAACAAUGCACAUAACUCGUCAAACACACUACAUUAGGCACUAGCUGGCUAUCAUGAGUUCUCUGGCUUUGUCAGAGAAUAAAUGCCUUAGCUGUUCAGCGAGAAAUAUAGUUGAUUAGCUGCCAACUCUUGCCUGUCAUAGUGCAGCCAGAAUUCUUUUGUGCUUAAAGUUAGGACGUGAUGACGUUUGACAUGUCUGCGCUGAUGUAUAGCAAAUUUCCUGCCAAAUUUCACCCCAGCCCACUGACACAGCGCUGACUAUUAAUUACUGUUACAAGGAUGUCGGGGUGAGUCAGAGCAGAUCGGGAUCACUAUAUAGUUUUUUGUUCCCUGACUCUUUAAAUGAAAAGGAACUCUAACUUUACAUUAAAUUGAAUAUUAUAGAUCACCCUCAAGUGUAACCUUUCCCUGGUUGUCAGUGACUACUAAUGCUAACCACUAGGUGGCAGACCUGAUGUUCCAUUCACAACAAGAAGCAUUUUGCAAGGAAAAAAAAAAAAGAAGCCAGAAAAGCUGAAGUUGCCCUUUGAGAUUAGUAUUAGACUAGUUGAAGUAUCUCUUUUGUUUCUGUAAAGUUCCUCUUUACAAUUAAGUUGACGAGAUUUUUUAUCAUGUUUUUCUUCAUUGAGGUGGAAAAAUACAUGAUACAUAAUGAUCAGUGCAGAGUAGGAUGUUGUCCACAGGACUGAAACGUUGUGAUAGUGUCUGAGUUAAUUUUGGUCAUGAUAACUAAGAAAGAAAAUCUUUGUUUUCCUAACCUGGUUAGUCUCAUGUUUAAUUCUAAUACUACUAAUACUAACUAGCUAGAUAAUAUCUAACAUCUUAGCCAGUGCAUAUUAAAGAACACGAAGGAAAAGGUUUAGUAAGCCCAUAAUGGCAUAGUGUCAUUCCAUUUCAAUUCCACAAGAAGUAUUUAAAACUUGGGAAAUGACUGCAUUUGAGUUAGGGAAAUAAAAAAAAUGUAUACAGUUAAAGUCUGAGAAAUAAAAACUAAAAAGUUUUAUUUUCAUUGACUAAAAUUGUUCAGUUGUAUCUGGUUAAAAUGGCGGUCGAUGAAAGUAAAUCUAGACUACAACUAAUUACUUUUACUUAAAAAAGUCAUUUUAAUUAAAUUACUUUUAGAUAUUUAGCCAAAUAACUAAAACUUGUACGUAUUUUUGUCAGAAUACUAAAACCAAGUCCAAAUCAGCUAUCAGAAUUAACACUGGCUGGUACUAAUAUGUACUUUUAU